AGUGUCAGCGGAGGAACUUCGGAGCGGAGCUGCAGGGUUUGGAUUUCAGAGUUAGGCGAUUUUGGCACUUAGAUAAAGAGGACGGUCAUCUAUCCUCCUAAACCGCUGCCCCGUGUUUUUUACAUGCCUGUCCGUUUAUACACUCCUCUGAGAAACAAUACGACGUAUUAGAGGCUGGCUACGCGGAAAAGAUGUACACGGCUGGGCUCAACCCGUUUUACGCAUCAAAUUUUAGCCUCUGGUCUGCUUACUGCGCUGGAGGCUUCGCUGUGGAUACAAUGAAAAAACCCUCAUUUUGCAUCGCCGACAUUUUGCAGGCUGGAGAUGCCGAGAACAUCCAGGGAUCGUCGGCCCUCAUGGUGCACAUGGGACACCACCACCGCGCUCAACAGGCGCAUUCCGGCGGCUCUCCGCUGCGCCCGUCUCCCGUGGCUCCAGAGCCGUCAGUGUACGGUGCCAGGAUGAGUCCUGCGUCUCCGUACCACAGACACGGACUACAGCUAACUUCAUUCUCCAGGACAGCAUUUAACUCCCAACAAGCCCCUCCGCCUUCAAGCAAAGACCUCAAGUUUGGAAUUGAUCGGAUAUUGUCUACAGACUUUGAACCAAAAUGCAAAGAGAAAUCGUCGCUAAGAGAUCUCACAUCCAUCGUUAGCUCGAACCGUCAGUCAGGCAUCCACGUCCCAAUUCAGCCUCCUGCCAGCCAGUACUUCUCCUCCAUAGACCCGGGGAUGAGCGACACGUCCGCCAUGAUGAGUUCACUAGGCAGCAGCAGCAGACAAUCAGGCCAGCAUCAGUUUCAGGACACCUUCCCAGGUCCAUAUGCCGUCCUUACAAAAGACACAAUGCCUCAGACAUACAAGAGGAAAAGGUCGUGGUCGAGAGCAGUGUUCUCAAACCUGCAGAGAAAAGGACUCGAGAAGAGAUUUGAAAUACAGAAGUAUGUCACCAAGCCAGACAGAAAACAGCUGGCUGCCAUGCUGGGGCUAACAGACGCUCAGGUAAAGGUGUGGUUCCAGAACAGGCGCAUGAAGUGGCGACACUCCAAAGAGGCUCAGGCUCAGAAAGACAAGGAGAAGGACGACAAAUCGGAGAAAAGUCUGUGCGAGUCCGGCAGCAGGGAUCCCAAAGAGCCCACCGAGUCUGAGUGUGAGAGCGAGGGUAGGAGCGAGUGCGAAUCGGACGAGGCUCAGGAGGAAACGGCUCACGGGCAUUUGGACAUUACUGAGCACAAUAAGACGUGCGUGAUCAUGAGCGGGAACGGCGCGGAGCCAGCGGCCACGGACACGGACAUGGCGGCCUCACAGGAGCUAAUAUAGAGGCUGCCCGAACAAAAAGAACAAGUCUGCUGUUUUUGAUAGAAAAACGACGGUGAUAUCUCGACACACGUGCAGAGGCAGUGUGAGUUCACUGAACAAUUAGCUGUAGCGACACAACGUGGUCCUUUAACCCUUAGAUGCACCAGUGAUGGGAUCUUCCUUCAUAAGUGGGUCAAAAAUAAGAAUCAAUGAGUUUUUAUACCUUUUUUUGGUGAAGAAUAAUAAUUUAUAUUAUUGUGUUGCAUUAUAUUUUGGUCCACGCAAAACUGAUUAUAAUGUUUGAAUUAUGUUUAUUUUUCAGUUUAUGACACAUUUUGAACAUUUUGAUGAUUGAAAAAGAAGAAUAUUACACAGAGCAGCAAUAGAAGAAUGCCAGUAUCCGUUUUGUUGACAUUUUCCCACUCUUUUUCUCCAAGUUUGUGCACUUCAUCACCUCUUGUAAGAUGUUAUCAGUGAUAAAGAGCUCGGGGUAGUAAUACAAAUAUUCUUUAAAUGUAUAAAAGGUAACUUAAAAAAAUAAAUGGAAUGAUAUAAUGAUAUCAGAAACGUGUUUUUUGAGGAGUAGGUGGAAAAUGAAAUAAUAAAAAACUUUUCAUGACAAAGAUAUUGCAAGAAAACGACCUCACCACUCAUGCAUCUAAGGGUUAACUCGUGGGGAAAAUGAAGACUGUUUUAUCUGUUCAUUACAACACAUGGGCUAGAAUGAGGAAAACACUGAUUAUUUAAUUUAAAAGACCAACUCGCGGCCUUCUCCAGUGUCCACCGACCUACUGUCGUUUUUCUAUCGAGAGCUCCAGUGUGCAUUACGUUUUCCUCAUCCGAAGGAAAUAUGCGGUUGUGAAUUUUUAAGGUUUUGAACCACUCGCUUGACGUUAGAAAUGAAAUCACGACAGUGUUCAUGACGGCAGUGUUUUGUUGUUUUUUUGCUUUUGAUGUAUAGUUGUGCUAUUUGGUAAUAAUAAUUUGCACUGAAAAUGUUGUAAAUAAAAUGUUUUCUUACUUUGAAA